GAAUGUACGAAAUUUUACAAAAUAGUACGGUCACCAUUCGCCAUCAUCAAAUGCGUUUUGCCUUUCCGUGUUGAAAAAUUAACGGUUUGUGAUUAACAAGCACUUUAUUAUUAUGUAGUUGACAUGAAAAUUCCUCCAAAUAUUAAAGAGGUAGUUCCGUUUCAAUUUUGGCGGGACUAUCAUCAAUCACAUCGUUUGUCGAAGAAUAGUUCAAUCUGUCACUUGUCGCCCCUGGCCUCGAAUUCAUAUUUCUUACAUUUUAGCCGUUCAAUAUAAAAUUAGCAGUGGAAUUGGUGGUGACCAUUAGAUGUGGACAUUGAACGAUGUGUUGCUUGUAAGGUUUGAUAUGGAUAGGCGAGUUUACUCUGAUUACGAAGCAGACGUGUGCGAUCCUUUGGGUUCAGUUGUUGAGUGGUCAAGACAGGGGCCGGCCCGCAUCCUGCGGCGGCGCUGUCGAAGUGAGGGUGUCGACCGUUCACCGUACGAGGAUGUUAGUCGCGAACGCCGCUCCGCCGACGGAAUACCACGCCAAAACCGGCAGUCUAACAAAAGCUUCUUCACGCUGAACGUUGCUGAUACGUACCACGAUAGAUUUCGCCACGAGUGCUCUCCCACUGCUGAGAACGGAGACUACAUGGCGCACGAUCAGGACAGAUAUCAUAGCUAUCAGCCAUCAAAAUCAAGAUUUUAUAGAACAAGUCCUACCAGACCAUUAUUAGUAACCACAUUAUCCAAUACCAAAGUAGAUGACAGAUUGCCCAAAGUUGAAGAAUUGUUUGAGAAACUUGACCAAGAUAUGAUGGAUGUCCACAAUACAAAACAACCAUUGAAAUCAAUAUUAAACAAUCCUUUUUUAAAGUCACCACCUCAGGGUAUACUAAAAAAACCAAAAAAUAAGGUUUAUCAAGAUUCAAAAACUAAUCUGGAAGGUCGCAGAAGGCAGCGAGCAUCAAGUGAAUCUGAUAAUUUAUAUUGUAACUAUCACGUGGCAUCUCCUAUACCUGGAUAUGAUAGCCGCCUCGGGUACAUUUCAAGCAAUGUGAAACGGGCAAAAGACAAUUCUGGAACUGGUUACUCUUAUGGUACAACUGUAGCUAAUGCGGGUCCUCGCUGCAAGAGUCCCACAUACUCAAAGAACUUGAGGUGUAGCUGCAAAGAUAACAUGUCAAGAGAUCAUGUGCAAGUGUUGAGGACUACUGCUAUUAACAGCGACACGGUUGACGUUCAGCCCAUUAUUGAAUUGCCCGGCCAAGACACGCCGACCCCGACUUGCCCGACGGUGAGCCCAGCCUUGCCCGUCAGCUCAGUCACGGCGAUACCAGUUAAAAAAUCUAUAAAGACAGUCAAGAAGAAAGUUAAAGCUAAAAUUAAAGUGCCCAAGAUGAAAUCGAACACUAAAGUCGAAUGUGCCGUUAUCGGAGGGGAGAUGGAAGAUGCACUCAGUCGAUCGCCCUCCCCCGACAUAGAAGUGUGGCAUAUGGACACAGACCCGAUACCUAUAGAGAUAGGUGAUAUAGAAAAAGUCGUACUGAACAAGAAUGAGUCACUCGAAGAGAUCUCAGUCAACAAACUGUCCACAAAGCUAAACGGAACUGUCGUUACUCCUAAGAAAAAUCCAUCAAAAGAAUUGCCAUUAAUCAUCCCAGAAUCGAUCUCAAGCUGUCUCCGACCGUCUCUCUUCCCUCGAGUCCCGCCAUAUCUGCGAUUCAUCGGACACGAAGACUGCACUCCGCUGAAGGUUCCAGCUCCCAUACAGAAGCAUCUGAAAUGGAAGCUCACCACGAUAACGCCUUUAGUUGUGAAGAAAACUUUGACUAAUUCUGGCUUUAGAUUGGUUAAGAGCGAAUGUGACACGUCAGAGUGUCCGCAAGAAGAGACCGUAGAGUGGAUAGGCAUAUGGGGCAAACAUAUGAAGUCAAUAAUGUUCAGAGCCAUAAAAGAUGGACAGAAGAUGAAUCAUUUCCCUGGUACCUUCCAAAUCGGCAGGAAGGAUCGAUUGUGGAGGAACCUUCACAAACUUUGCACUAAGUAUGGAGUCAAAGAAUUUGGUAUUAUGCCGAAAACUUACGUACUGCCACAUGAUCUCAAAAUGUUGAAGCAUGACUGGGAAAAGUAUGCUGCUAACAAUGAAAGGUGGAUCAUUAAACCUCCUGCAUCAGCCCGAGGCACCGGCAUCAAGGUGGUGUCCCGCUGGACGCAGAUCCCGAAGAAGAGGCCGGUCGUCGUCCAGCGCUACGUCUCUAAACCGUAUCUAAUUAACGGAAGCAAGUUCGACAUGAGGCUGUACGUGCUCGUCACGUCGGUGCACCCGCUCAGGAUAUAUCUGUACAAAGACGGCCUUGCCAGGUUCGCGUCGGUAAAGUACAACGAUGAGUUGACAUCUCUGAACGAUAGGUACAUGCAUUUGACUAAUUACUCAAUAAACAGGCUGUCCAAGAAUUACACGCCAAACGAAGAUUUCGCUUCUUGCGAGGGACACAAAUGGACAUUACAAACUCUAUUCCAAUACUUAAAGACUGAAAAGGACGUUGACACGGAAGCCCUGUGGGAUUCCAUGAAGGAUCUCGUUAUUAAAACCAUAAUAUCGGGCGAGGCGAGCAUCAGUUCGCUGACUAAAGCCAACAUAACGUCGCGGUACAACUGCUACGAACUGUUCGGGAUCGAUGUUCUGCUGGACGAAGAUCUCAAGCCCUGGCUCUUGGAGGUGAACAUCUCGCCGAGCCUGCACAGCGCGUCGCCGCUCGACAUCCACGUGAAGGGGCCCCUGGUCUCCACGGUGCUCAACAUCGCGCAGUUCCAAGUGCCCAACAAAACCAACUUGGAAAUGUUGGUUAAGGAUAAACCACACCAAUUGGCUGGACUACCAUACGAUGGCAGAUUAUACACGGUGUAUUUAUCCAAAGAGGAAAGAGACAAGCAUAUAAUCUAUACUAAUAUGGAUGACAGAGAAUUGUAUCUGCGCGACAUCCUGUCGACGCUGACGCCGGACGACGUGCGGCACCUGGUGCAGGCGGAGGACGAGCUGACGCAGGGCGGCGCCAUGGAGCGCGUGUUCCCGACGCGCGACACGCACCGCUACCUGCCCUACCUCGCCGGCCCGCGAUACUACAACAGACUCUUCGACGCCUGGGAGACCAGAUACGGACACAACAGGACCGCUGGCAUCGAGCUGCUGUGCAACCUGUGCGACAUCGGGUACCACCUGGAGGUGCCGCCCGUCCCGCUAAAGCGGGCGGCGGCCGAGCUGAGCGCGUUGGAUCGUUGCAGAAUGACGUGGAUGCGCCGUCGCCGCCCGUAUCGGAGCGCCAGUCAGCGGGCUCCGUCUGCUCGGCGGGCGCGGGCCUGUCGCUCGCGGCGCCGCCCCCGCUCGAGGCGCGCGCCUAGCGCCGGCGCCGCUGCCUCCCCGCCUACAUGAUCAUCAUCAGCUGCGACGAAUGAACAGCCCGCGCCUCCAGACCGUACGCCGUCUGCGCGCUCAGUCUUGUUGCUGACGUCACUCGUUAAUAGACAACACACGGCACAGAUAAUCCUACACAAACCAAAAUAAACUAGUUUUGGCGUUGAACAACUUUUUAAAUGAACUGUGGUGUCUGAGCAAGACAAGACUGAGCGUGUAGAAUGUGCUUUUAUAUUAGUGCUUCUCAAUUAGUUUGAUGAAUAUUUCAAGGUCGAUGGCUUAAACUUGAAGAACGAACUAACAUCUUUACGUUACCUUUUAUUUUGCUUAAUUCGUAUCUUCGAAGUGUUAUCAUUGAUUGAGAAGCACUGAUCUAUAUUAUAAACCAUUGUAUCGAUGAUGUUACUGUUCGAAGUAACGAUUUAUUUUUAUCAUGCGAAACAUUACGACCUGAGAUUUUUUUUAUCGAUACUAUAUUAACGUUUUGUGACAACAAAAUUGUCUUGUAUUUAAAUAUAAUGUGAAUAAAUGUAAAUUUUUUGUGUGUUCGAGAGUAAUUUAUAUGUAAACAAAAAAUGCAGAGAAGUUUGCUCAUCGUUACUCAUGUGGGAUGGCCAACGAAAGUACGGUUAAGAUUGGUAGAGUGAGCGCUGAAAGCUAUAUCGAUAAACGUAAAGAAAGAUCGAAUCAAUUUUGGAAUAGAACACAUCAAUAUCACAUGUUAAGAUUAAUAUUGAUGUAUCGAUCUUUCUUUUAAUGAAAUCGAUUAUAGAAUAAUCAUGAGCGGGUAUCGGCAGUGGACAGAUCGAAAUCGAUUGUGACGUAUGGACUAGCAGAGAGCUUAUUUUAUAAAUAAUAAUUAUAAAUUAUACGAUUAGUAAUUUAAAAUGUGAAACUCGAGCAAUUUCGACGUCCCUAAUUGAGAUAAUAAAUAACAUUAGAGUUGAGGAAAUAUGUUGGCCGUCUAUCGAAAUUACUGGUUAAGAAAAAAAGUACAAAAACAAAGAUUGAACAGUAAGAAUUGCUUUUAUGCAAAUUAAUAAAUUGAGACUGUCGAAAUUGACGAUUAAUACAGUAAGUAAAUUAGAAGUCAAAUAUAAUGAGUUGUUAAGAGCUUAGAGCUUUUAUACAGAAUAUACACAUUCCUGGUCACCCUUGUUUAGUCUAGAGAUUGGUAAAAGUGUUAAUAAAUGUAUCAGUUUACGAAAUAUAAAGAUUACAACAUAGAUACGUCCGAAAAAAUGUAAUUAUACAUAAUAAAAAAGUUAUUUAAGUAUUUGAACCAAAUGACUUAAAUUUUUAAUUUUUACAAAUUGGAUUGUAUGUUUAUUUAUGUGUGUGUAAUCUGAUUUAAAAACUCAAAAUUGUAUUGAUGUUAAAUAUAGAGCUUUUUUCAAAAUUACAAGAAACCUACAAAUAAACGGACAAAUUCAAAAGUCUACAUACUACAUAUUUUACAUUCUUAACUAUCGUGCAAGAGACACACCUAAAUACUCGCAGUCAUUUUAAAGUUAAUAACUAAGUUUUUUUGUAAAAUCAUUAAGUGUCUUCGUAACUCAUUAAUUCUAAUGGAUCUGCUCAUGUUACAAAUAAAUAAAUUAUUUAGUUGAUGUUUUAGCUAUUAAAGUUUUUGAUGUGACUAAUAAAAUACGAGAGGGUUUUGUGUAAUGUGCGCUUAACGUGUGGACUGUAAUUAAGUAAUUGAACAAUACACACAUAUUUAAGUCUUAGUUUUUUUUUAUUGUCCUUGUAGGCAGACGAGCAUACGGCCCACCUGAUGGUGUGUGGUUACCGUCGCCCAUGGACUUAGCAAUGCCAGGG